ACGUUCAUUUUUACCCGGAAUUUGUCUGUUCAUGGUGAACUCUUAUUUAAAUCAAAACUUUGUCACAUGUUGUAGGUAGUCAUCUCUAAGUAUGCGACACGGAAGACUUGUAAACAAUUUUUUCUUGGCUCUGUUUCAUCGUGUGGAACCCGAGCGUGCCGCUGGACAGCGAACAGUGGACACCCGAACACCGCCGCCGGACGCUAUAUUUAUCUGCUAUGUAAUCGCGCCGCCAGGGUGCGCUGCGCGUGACACAGUUUCCAGCGCGCGCGCCGUGAGCGAAGACUCCAGUGCGCGGUCAUGCACGCGAGUGGUGCUGAUGCGGGGACUUUCGCAGUGCACUUUUCGCCGCUAUUCCAGUGCUGUCGUUUCAAGGCUCCAUUUACACAUGACGGUGGAUACAGAAGUGCCGGGGGCAGCGAGGAGAUAAAAGGCACACGGGCGAAUUGCGAAAGUGUCCUCCAUGCCGCGAUCGAGAGGCGGGAUCUUCUCUAGACUGCUGAGUUGCUCUUUUUUCCCACCGCAAGCGGCGGUGACAGAGGCAGGGGCGAAAUGAGAUCGUGCGGGAGGGAGGAGUAGUUUGUCGGCUCGGAGGAGGGAGGAGGUGGAGGAGGAAGAGGAGGGAUGGGAGGUGGCAGAUGGAUCUGGAGACGAUGCCGCACAAAAAGAAGCAUUUUACCGUUUCAUUAGCAGGCGUCCUAAUCGCAACUGGUGGCAGUUUUCUGAAGACCGCCGUAGACUGCACGAGGGACUACAAUAGAGAAUGCCGUGUCUUUGGUGGGAUCGGCGGCGUCGAUGGCUCCGUGAUCGAUCGGUUCCAUCAAUUAAUGAGAAUUCGAGUCUCAAGUCAGUGUGACGGAACGCCGGGGCGGGAACGGACAGUAACGGACGACUCUGCUGAUGGAGUUCAAAGACUGAGUGAUCUCUGUCAUCUGUUUUAGCCCAUUAUUCACGCGGCUUUCGAAACAAAUAGUCUAGACAAUCGUACUUAAUUUUCCAAUCGCUGCUUUGACAUAAAUUGUAUUUGUACCGUACGGCAGGGCACGUUUUUAAAUGGGCGCUGUAAACAUCAGAUGUGAAAUCUGAACCCUCUGCGAAAGACUGGUCACCUCUGUACUGCCGUUUGCUUCAGCAGCGCCCUAUUUGCGUCCGGCACCAUGAUGUGCGAGGUGAUGCCGACCAUAAAUGAGGGCGACUCGAUGGGAUCCCAGCGAGGCGCCCAGAAUGGCUCGGACCCGGACUCGAAUUUUGAGCAGCUCAUGGUGAACAUGCUGGACGAGCGAGACAAGCUGCUCGAGUCGCUGCGCGAGACCCAGGAGACGCUUGUCCAAUCGCAGGCGAAGCUGCAGGACGCGCUGCACGAGCGGGACCUCCUCCAGCGGCAGAUCAACUCGGCUCUGCCUCAGGAGUUUGCCACACUGACCAAGGAGCUGAAUGUGUGCCGAGAGCAGCUUCUCGAGAAAGAGGAGGAAAUCUCGGAACUGAAAGCAGAAAGGAACAACACCAGACUGCUGCUUGAGCACCUGGAGUGCUUGGUGUCCCGACACGAGCGCUCCCUCAGGAUGACCGUGGUUAAGCGUCAGGCCCCUCCCCCAUCAGGUGUGUCCAGUGAGGUGGAAGUGCUUAAAGCCCUCAAGAGCCUCUUUGAGCACCAUAAAGCGCUGGACGAGAAGGUGCGCGAGAGGCUGCGGGUGGCACUAGAGAGAGUGGCAACACUGGAGGGACAGCUGUCAGCCACCACUCAAGAACUGUGUGCAGUGAAGCAGAGGAAAGACAGGAUGGAGGGAGAAUCUCUGGACAGAAUGGACUCAAAGCCCACGUGGAAGCGACUGCCCAAUGGUUCUAUCGAUGCCCACGAUGAGGCCAGCCGGUCGCUGGAGCUGCAGGAGCUUCUAGACAAGGCCACCAAGGAGCUGGGCCAGAGUGAGGAACGCACGUCUGCUCUGGCUACCCGUGUCGCCGAGCUGGAGGCAGACCUGGCCACUGCGCGCAAGGACCUGCUGAGGAGCGAGGAGCUCAACACCAAGUACCAGCGUGACAUUCGUGAGGCCAUGGCACAGAAGGAGGACAUGGAAGAGAGGAUUACAACACUGGAGAAGCGCUACCUGGCAGCUCAGCGAGAGACCACCUCCAUCCAUGACCUGAAUGACAAGCUGGAGAAUGAGCUGGCCACCAAGGACUCGCUGUACCGUCAGAGCGAGGAAAAGGCACGCCACCUGCAGGAACUGCUAGAGCUGGCAGAGCAGAGGCUACAGCAGACCAUGAGGAAAGCGGAGACUCUUCCCGAGGUGGAGGCGGAGCUUGCCCAAAGGGUGGCUGCUCUCACUAAGGCCGAAGAGCGUCACGGGAACAUUGAGGAGCGUCUGCGGCAGCUGGAGGCGCAACUGGAGGAAAAGAAUCAGGAGCUGGGCAGGGCUCGGCAGCGAGAGAAGAUGAACGAGGAGCACAACAAGCGGCUGUCUGACACUGUGGACCGCCUGCUAACUGAGUCCAAUGAGCGUCUCCAGCUGCACCUGAAGGAGCGUAUGGCAGCGCUGGAGGACAAGAACACACUUAUUCAUGAUCUGGAGAAUUCUCAGAAACAGCUAGAAGAAUUCCAUCACACAAAGGAGCGGCUCAUUGGGGAAAUCGAAAAGCUGCGGACUGAGAAUGAUCUCCUGAAGCGCAGGAGCGGUGCCUUUGGAGACAGCCUGCACCCCCGGUCCCGGGUGGCAAGUGCCACGGACCUGCGCUUCUCUGUGGUAGAGUCCCAGGGGGAACACUUUGGUGCCACGGCAGCAGUUAUCAGGAGAGCCCAGAAGGGGCGGCUGGCCGCUCUGCGGGAUGAGCCUACCAAGGUCAUGGCGGUUGUGGAACAGGACUGGGAGCGCUCUCAGCUGCCUAGUCUGCGUUCCAGUGUCACACAUCUUAUGGAAAGUGACCCCGAGCUGUCUGACUUGGAUGAUGACGACCGCGAGACGAUCUUCAGCUCAGCAGACCUCUUGUCUCCCAGCGGCCACUCGGAUGCCCAGACACUGGCCUUGAUGCUGCAGGAGCAGCUGGAUGCCAUCAAUGAGGAGAUCAGGAUGAUCCAGGUGGAGAAGGAGUCAGCAGAACUGCGAGCAGAUGAGAUAGAGAGCCGGGUGACCAGUGGCAGCAUGGAUGGCUUGAAUGUGACCCUUAGGCCAAGACCCUCUAUCCCAACCUCGGUCACUGCCCUGUCCCUGGCCAGUUCCUCACCUCCCGUCAGUGGACGUUCCACUCCCAAGCUGUCUGCACGCACCACCGCCCAUGAACUGGGCAUCAUGACCCUGCCUAGUGAUUUAAGGAAACAUCGCAGGAAAGUGCUAUCUCCAGUGUCACGAGAUGAGACACGUGAGGACAAGGCCACUAUCAAGUGCGAGACAUCACCACCUUCGUCGCCUCGCAGUCUGCGUCUGGAGCAGACCAAUUUUGCCCAGCUGACAGGCAGCCUGGAGGAUGGACGCGGGAGCAACAAGAAGAAGGGCAUCAAGUCUUCUAUUGGCCGCCUGUUUGGGAAGAAGGAGAAAGGACGCCUCAUACAGCAGAUGGGCAAAGAUGGCCAGAUGAGCAACACUGGUGUUCAGGACCUGGAGAUGGGCAUAGGGGACACCAUGACACUGGGAAAGCUGGGCACUCAGGCGGAGCGUGACCGCAGGAUGAAGAAGAAGCAUGAGCUGCUAGAGGAGGCCAGGAGGAAGGGUCUGCCUUUUGCCCAGUGGGAUGGCCCCACCGUGGUGUCCUGGCUCGAGCUGUGGGUGGGGAUGCCAGCUUGGUAUGUGGCUGCUUGUCGGGCCAAUGUGAAGAGUGGUGCCAUCAUGUCGGCGCUGUCUGACACGGAGAUCCAGCGAGAGAUCGGCAUUAGCAACCCGCUUCACCGACUGAAGCUAAGGCUGGCCAUCCAGGAGAUGGUGUCUCUCACCAGUCCUUCCGCACCCCUCACAUCCCGCACCUCCUCUGGAAAUGUGUGGGUGACACAUGAAGAGAUGGAGACUAUGGCGACGUCCACCAAGGCGGAGAAUGAGGAAGGAAGUUGGGCUCAGACCCUUGCGUACGGGGACAUGAACCACGAGUGGAUUGGAAAUGAAUGGCUGCCCAGCCUGGGCUUGCCCCAGUACCGCAGCUACUUCAUGGAGUGCCUGGUGGAUGCGCGCAUGCUGGACCACCUGACCAAGAAGGACCUGCGCACCCACCUGAAGAUGGUGGACAGCUUCCACCGGGCCAGCUUACACUAUGGGAUAAUGUGCUUGAAGAGACUGAAUUAUGACCGCAAAGAUCUGGAACGGAGGAGAGAGGAGUGCCAGCAUGAAAUGAAAGACACGCUGGUUUGGACCAACGAUCGGGUCAUACACUGGGUGCAGUCCAUCGGGCUCAAGGAGUACAGCAACAACCUGCUGGAGAGCGGAGUGCAUGGAGCCCUCAUCGCCCUGGACGAAAACUUUGACUACAGCAGCCUGGCACUCAUCCUGCAGAUCCCCAUGCAGAACACGCAGGCCAGACAGGUUUUGGAACGCGAGUUCAACAACAUGCUGGCCCUCGGCACUGACCGUAGGCUGGAUGAGAGCGAGGACAAGUCCUUCCGGAGGUCACCAUCUUGGAAGAAGCGCUUCCGCCCACGGGAUGGACAGGGUCUGGGAAUGAUGCCCGGCUCUAUCGAGACAUUGCCUGCUGGCUUCCGCCUCACCUCCAUGUCCAUCCCGCCAAAUGCAACCUUAGCACCCAAGCGGCUACAGCCAGAAGCCGGACCCCCGGCCCCACUGGCCGGACCUCCGGCUCCGCAGAGAUUAGAUCCCUCCGCCGUGCGGACUUACUCUUGUUAGCUCCGCUGUGCUAACAGGAACACUGAUGCCGACAGGUGAGUCCCAGCCGGAGGGGGGGAGCCCGGUGCCCGCUUUCUUCAUUCCCUCAGGCUUCUGUUUCACCCAGCUCACAGUCCCCACCUUCAUCACCACCCACCGGCGUUCUCCAGCCCCUCCGCCCUGUGCAGUCCUCCUAUGUCACCCCUAGAUGUACUAUUGGUUUUGAUUCCUGCACUGUUCACAGUAGCUUGAUUCUCCCCUGGAAGAAUACUGCUCAGAGAGAGUGUUCCUUUCAUGGAGACCUGCGCUGCAGCCCCCAAGCCCCUCACCCCACUGAUUAGAAACUUCCUGUUGUUAGGGUCCUCUUCUCCCCUCAGUCAUCUGUCAUUUACACCGGACACCCAUCCCUCUCAACCCACAGUGUCUGUAAAGCUGUUGAGAAGAAAUGGCUGCACUCUACAUCUUAAGCUUCCUCACGCAGAUGGUGAAUGUCUCCCCUUGUCUGAUUCAUUAAGGACAUCAUUCUAGCAUCUACUCUGCCACUUUACAUAAAUAUUUAUGUGACUGUGGGCUGCCUCUCAACAGCAAUGUGCAAAAUUCUUGCAGGAUUUCAGUUUUGAGGGGACUGGGGGCUGUGCAGAUUUGCUGAGUAAGUUACAGUAUGUGGGGAGAUGCCGGGCUGAGUUAAGAAGAUCUCUAACCAAAGAUGUUAAUGCAUUACUAAAAGUACUAAAUCCUUCUGGUUAACCCUUUCACUGAUUCGGGUUUCUUCCGCCAUUGAAUGUACUGCGCAGCGAAAGCUUGAGGGGAAGUUAGAAACAUGGAGUACAUCAAGGAAACUUGAGGUGUGUUUGCCCAGGCAAAUCUCAUUGCUUCUUUUUGUUCAAGCAGGCACUUUGUAUUCCAAGUGGUGGGAAACCUCGUUCGUGUAGGCCUCACAUUGGCCUCAUGUAGUUUGCCUUUCCAUUGGACUUCCCUCACAGUGUCAGAGCUUACUGUUGUCUUGCUGCUGUCUCAAACCUUGUCCUUCUCUCUGGCUCUCCUCACAGUUCACUCCCACUACCUGUACGGGCACUCGCUCGCUGCCUUUCGAGAGUGAUGUGCCAAAUUUCAGCGGGAUCCCUUUGUUCCUGGAGGUGGGAGUUGGUCCCUGGAGGGGAGGGGGAGGGGAGGGGGAACGGGGACGUGCGGGGAGUGGUGAAAAGUGGUGAAUAUGGUGCACGCCACUUGACAGACUCAUGUGCAAUAGAGUAGGUCGCCGAGCUCUCUCUUGCUGCAAAGGGGACUCCAGCGGCUGCGGUCAUGUUCCAUUAUUUCCAGUUAGUUGCUGUGAUGUUGUUACAGUUCUCCCUAUUUGAAACCGGUGCAUCUCACCUUGUAGUCUCUCAGUCAUACUGUAGUAUAUAUUACCUGAGUGUAUUUAUGACAUAUGCAGUAUAGAAGACUUUCCUCACCGGAUGUUCAAGGUUAUUUUGUGUCCCUUUCUGUAUAUAAAUGGAUGAUUUAUGUUUUAUAGAAAUAUAUAUAUAUAUAAUAUAAAUAUAUCAAAUUUGAAAGAUAUGACUAUUGUAUGUAAAAAGAAAAUUCUUGUUCUGUAGCUGGUAACUGUUUGUGGUUGUUGGAUCUCUGUUUCCUCAGCCAGUGCUUUAUUCGCUGUCAAUUUGUCACAUUACAGUGUGAGGAGUUUAUUUACCAGAGUAAUGGUAGGGUGCUAUUGCAGUUGCUCAAUACUGCUGAUACUUAUGCACUGGAUUGGGUCCGUUUUAAAACCUCCUUCAAGCUCAACUGUCUUUCUUCAAUCUUUUUGUAUAAAUGUGAAAUAAUUAUGGUGAAAUUGUGUAGAACAAGAGAGUGGUGGGUAUGAAUGACAUGUGAUUACAGAACAGCAAUAUCCUUUUAUUAUGUCAUGCUUGCCGAAGGAAGCUUGGGUGGUAGGCAGAGUUUUGAUGCAAAUACAGGGCCCACUUUAAUACACGUGACAUGCUGGAUUCGCCAACUGAAAUCUUCUAGAGUACUGGACUGGACACUUGAAGUCAUCCGGCUUGCUGGAUUGGACACCUGAACUAGCAACUGGAUGGGAGGAGUCUAUGUGAGGCCCCGCCUCUUAUGAUUUACGAUGUGGGUUUGCACCGUUGUUACGUUCAUUUGACAGCGUGCAAAACUCUAGCAAGUACUCUCACUGAGAAGGGACAGACUCAUUUCUGUGUGUGACAUCAGAGUCACAGCUGUGAGACUCAUUUUAAAGUGCUUUCACAUUCAUUAUCAUUUAAGGACCACAUUUCAUGUAUCAUCGCUCCAUUGUUGUGAAUUUAACUGCAGAUAUUGAUUAUGAAGUAUGUAUAUAUGUUUUUUCUUUACAGCAACAAAUGAAAGGUGUUUUAAGAAUUGUAAUGUGCUUUUGUGGCAGCUACAAGUACUGUAUGUGUAUUUUAUGCCAAGUGUGAAUCAAAGCUAAGAAAUUAAGUCUUUUUUGUUAUUUAAAAUGUCUACUGUACUUCUUCCGCUCAAAACAAAGUGAAAAAACAGAAUUUAAUUAGAAACAGUUGAGCGCUGUUUUGUAAACAGCCAAGUACAACCCUGCUGAAUGUGUGGGUUCCGUCAAAACCCAGAGGCUCACACCCUCCUCACCUCGUUUGCCUGGCCAAGGCUGGAUUUCACUACUGUCAUAUACACAGAGUGAGGCCAGUCCCACCAUGUGCAAAUAGCACUAC